AUGUUUCGGUGGUGUGUGCUGGCUGCCGUCGGCUGGAGUUUCGGGCUCGUGCUGGCAGCUACAGAUUCAGGACUAGUGGAUCCACUGGGAAGUUUCCAACACUUGGAGCAGAUGGAAUUCAAGACUCUGCCUCCUGUAGACCCAGAUGGAGAUGCCAGCAGCAUCUUAACAAUAUUAAGAAAAACUGUCUCCCUAGCGCCCUCUGGUGGCUCUGGCGGGGACAGCACAGGCGCAAUCGUGGGCGGGGUUAUCGCUGUGCUGCUAUUGGUCGUUCUCAUCGCGCUAGCCGUCCCGCUCUGGAGACGCUACAAGAAACGCAAACGAGGGGAGGCGUUUUAUGACCGAAUGCAGCAGAACGUUCGUAUGGAUGGGAUUCCUGUCGACGCCGGCACAGCUGUGAGGUUUUCUGGGAAUCGCACAGACGGACGGACGGAACAGGAGAUCCUGCUGGAGGACGGGCCGGCAGACGGAGCCACGGUCGAGUACGCGACCGUCAACAAGAACCGGAAACAGCCCGACACGCAAGAGCUAAAGAGUUCUGAGGGUGCAGCUGAGGGCAAUGACCUGGAGGACGAUGACCCCAGCGGGUAUGACACCCUGCAGAGAACCCGCGACCCUUACCUUUACCCUAUGACCAUCGCUGACUUCGACCAAUCAGAGGAGCCGGAGGCUGACCAGGGUCAAAGGUCACCAGAGGUCACGUACGCGCAGCUUGACCUGGAGGAUAAGGGCGAGAGCCGGCCUGUGAUUGGUGGAGAGAGCGAGGAGGACAAGACGGUUUACUCCCAGCUGCGCCACAGUCGCAUGAAGUACGACAACCUGCGGCGCUGACCUGCGAACUCCGACCUUUCACCUGCUAUCCCUUACCCUUUGACCUAUGGUUGGAUGAUCUUAUCGGCUGCCAGGGAUGUUUUUAUUCUAUUUUACACUUUUCUUAAAGGUUUACUCCACUAUAUAUUAUCACUUAACCGUAACCUCUGACUACUUUGCCUGCUAAUUUUUCAUUUUGUUUUAGAUUUCCUUUUUUUUUACUGCGAAUCAAACCUUGUAGUGUUGCACCUGAUUGAAAAGUAUUAACUAAACCAUUAUUUGUUGUUUGUACUACCUGCAAUGUAACAAAAAAAUAAAAGACAAUCAAUUUGAUGAAGCCACUUGCUUUAACAAUAGAGUUGAUUCAGAAUUCUGAUCAAAGAAAAAUUGCACAUUUUCAAAUCAUUUUAUCAUGGUAACAUUAGUGAGCUAAUAUUUAUCAAUUACUGAUAAUCAAUAGAUCGAUGAGUCAAUGUUGCAGAGAUGAUCAGUGUGGAACAGAUUUUAUGGAUCAAUUAUUGGAAACUAUCAAUGCAAUCAAUAUUUUACUGUUUCCAAAGAUUUCAUUUAACAUUUAUAAUUCCUGGGACCAAAGGAAAACUUGACAAUCUGCAAGGAGGAAAUUUAGUUUUAAAUAUAGUCUUGAUAAACUAGCAUAAACUAAGUAAUACUAUGUAUAUUUGGAGAUAAACUUUCAUUUAUAGUUGCUGUAAUUUUGAUACCAAAUGUCCUAACAUUUUAAAAGUUUUAUUAAGUAC